UCUCCAACCGGAAGUCUUUCAUAUAAAUAUUUAGUCAGAUUUGUGCUUAUCCAGAGGACUGGAUGUCACUUUUGUUGAGGACAUAAACAGCCGAUUAGUGACGGGCUGGGAAAAAAAAAACCCAACAACUGUAUAAAAACAGGAGAAGAGGGAUGUUUUAACCUUCACCUCUCUAGAAAGUCUAGACGUCUGACAGGUAGAAUCAUCGAGAUGGAUGACACCAGUGUGGCACCGCGGCAGGAGGAGGUGGGGAUGGCUUCCUCCGACAGCGCGUAUGGAUCAUCUGCGGUGGACACGGACACAGAGGACGGACACACACCCACAACCUUCCCUUACAAUGAAGACCUCACGCAUAAGACGAUCCUGGUGGGAGACAACGGAGUGGGCAAGACCUCACUGCUGGUUCAGUACGACCAGGGCAACUUCCUCCCAGGCUCCUUCACUGCUACCGUUGGCAUCGGCUUCACAAGCGUGAUUCAAGGUUCAGAACCCCUGCAGGAGAACGCUGGAUCCAAAGUGGAGGGGGUACGACAGCACCUGAAAAUCCACUUCGGGAAUGUCUGCACCUGCCUUCGUCUUUGA